CAUCUUCAGUGUCAUUCCAAACUCACAAAACCCUUUCUUCUGUGCCUUCAAACCUUUUACCAGCAACUUCCGUUGAUCACCUUUAAGCUGCAAGCUUAUCUACAAAGACCCACCUUAUCUCAAUCCAAUCUGCCAACAAACACCGUCAAAAUGGUCCACCCCGCUUCUACCUGCUGCAAGACCACCCAGGGUGCAGGCUGUGUCUGUGCUGCCCAGGCCAAGUGCUCAUGUGGCAAGGAGUCUGCUCUCCACUGCACCUGCAACAAGGCUUCCUCUGAGAACCAGAUCUCCGGUGCCCGCUGCUCUUGCCGCUCUCGCCCCGCUGGUCAGUGCACUUGUGAGCGCGCUGUCACCGAGAACAAGCCCGUCCAGGGCGAGACUUGCGCCUGCGGUAGCCGUCCUUCCGCUUCCUGCACCUGCGAGAAGGCCGAGGCUGUUGAGUCUGCUCUGGAGCAGGACUUCACCACCCGUGCUUAAAUAGCUUCGCUGAUGGGUGUUGCUGAUUGAUGAUCCACGCAUUACUGGGUUUUGCUUGAGUUGCAUUGUUUUUGGGUUUGGGAAGGCUGGCGUUUGGACGGAGCUAUCUGGGGUUGACUUACAUUAUCAUACAAUAGUUUGAUUCACAUUAUUCAUAUGUGAUCCAUCAUGAGUCAUGAAAUAUCAUCAUGCUUCCACUUGAAC